AUAAUGGGUACACCUUCCUGUCCUUCCCCUUCUAGGGACUGAGCUUUUGUGUCCCUUUGGGGGCGAAAACCUGCAGAUUGAGUGCCUUCGAGCAGCAGUGGUGAAGGGCAGUUAGGAAAAGCCAUUGGCUGCUGGAUGAUGCCCUUUUGUGGCCAGAGACCUGAUGAGGUGAAGUGUCACUGGGAGAACCACCUGCCCCAGUCAUCUGUUCUGUGGAGACUUCCUCUGUGCAGAUGCUGCGCUGAACAUAAAAGAGCCCCCUCUCCCCACAUUUUUGCAGGGCAGAACAAAGGGGCUGAGUGGAGCGGAGCUUGUGAGUGGCAAUGGCUGCAGAGCAGCAGGGAGAAUCCCCAGCCCUUGGUCUCCAGCUCCAGGCUGUGCUGGAAGGAGGUGUGAAGCUGGGAAUGAAAAGGGAGCCAGAGGAGCCAGCAGGCCUCAGGCCAGAGAUGGGACUGGAAGGAAAGGGAGAUAUCUCUCCUGCCAUACGGCAUCUGAGCUGGGCACAGCCACAGGAGAUUAAGCAAGAGCCGGAAGAAGGGCUGUCAUCGCAGCAAUGGGAAGUCCAGUGGCAAGAGUUCCUCAAGACCGUGCAGACUCCUUGCUCAGGAGAGGGAAUCUCACAGCUGCCAGAGACUGCGCCAUGGGGUGAAACGACUUCCUUGCCCCCUUGUGAGGAAGCAUCAGCCCCCGGCAGGUGGACUAGAGAAGGGAAGGAGGCCAGACUCUUGUGUGGAACAGCCCAGCAAGCCAAUAGCAGGCCAGACCCCAUGAGCAGGAGAGACUGUGGGCCAGCCAAAGAGAUCAAGACGGAGGAUCCCAUCAGCUCAGAGGUGCAGCGCCGGCACUUCAGGCAGCUCUGCUACCAGGAAGCCCGGGGUCCUCGUGAGUUUUAUGUCCGCCUCUGGGAACUUUGCCAUCAGUGGCUGAUGCCGGAGAGGCACACCAAGGAGCAGAUCCUGGACCUGGUGAUCCUGGAGCAAUUCCUGGCGGUCCUGCCCCCGGAAAUGCAGAGCUGGGUGAAAGAACGUGAUUUUGAGACCUGCUUCCAUGCUGUGGCCCUCGCAGAGGAUUUCCUCCUGAGGCAGCGAGAGACUGAGAAACCAGAACAGCAGGGACUGGGGGUCAUUGAAGAGGUGUCUAGGGGCUUCAACAAAGGGGAAUGUUCUUUACUGGAUCCAGACCAAAGAAUUGUGCUCAGGGACAUCGGGGAAGAUUAUGAAAACAAGGCAACUUGGGGCAAUGAGAGGGAGAGAAAUAAAGAGGGUCAACAGCAAAUGGAAACAAAACAGACGUGGAGGAAGCAGUUCAUGGCUUCUGAAGAUGCCAACUUCCAUGAAAUUCCAAUUCAAGAAAAAUAUCACAAAGGAAAUGAGAUUAAUAAAUUCCCUUUAUGUGCAAAAAUCUUAACUCGUAAUUCAAGCCUUAGCACACCUGAAAGAAAGCACACAGGUGAGAAACCAUUUAAAUGCUCAGAGUGUGGAAAGAGUUUCAGUCACAGGAAAAGCUAUACUAUCCAUCAGAGAAUCCACACAGGGGAGAAACCUUAUACAUGCUCAGUGUGUGGGAAAAGCUUCAGGCAGAGAAUUCAGCUUACUAUCCAUCAAAGAAUCCACACAGGGGAGAAACCAUUUAAAUGCUCAGAGUGUGGAAGAAGCUUCCGUUGUAGCUCAAACCUUGUUUCCCAUCAAAGAAUCCACACAGGGGAGAAGCCGUUCAAAUGCCCAGUGUGUGGAAAGACUUUCACUCGUAGCAAAAGCCUGACUUUACACCAAGCAGUCCACAAAGGGGUGAAACAAUUUAAAUGCUCUGAGUGUGGAAAGAGCUUCAGUCGCAGCAAAAGCCUUAAUUUACAUCAAAGGAUUCACACAGGAGAUAAACCACAUAAGUGCUCAGACUGUGGAAAGAGCUUCAGUCGGAGAAAAAGCCUCACUUUGCAUUGGAGAAGCCACACAGGAGAAAAGCCGUAUAUGUGUAUACUAUGUGGAAAGAGGUUCAGCAGGAGUUCAAACCUGAGGUCACAUCAAAGAAUCCACACAGAGGAGAAACCAUAUAAAUGUUCUGUGUGUGGAAAAAGCUACCGCCACAGCAUAACCCUUACUAUUCAUCACAGAAGCCACACAGGAGAAAAGCCAUAUUUAUGUUCUGUGUGUGGUAAGAGCUUCAGUCAUAAGCACCACCUAAAUCUGCAUCAAAAAAUCCACACAGGUGAGAAACCGUUUACAUGCUCCGUGUGUGGAAAGAGCUUCAGUCAUAACAUAAGCCUUACAAGACAUCGCCGAAUCCACACUGGGGAGAAGCCAUAUAAAUGCUCAGAGUGUGGAAAGAGCUUCAGCCGGAGUACAAACCUUAGGUCCCAUCAAAGAACCCACACGGGGGAGAAGCCAUUUACCUGCUCAGAGUGUGGAAAGAGCUUCAGUAGGAACACAAGCCUUACAUCCCAUCAAAGAAUCCACACAGGGGAGAAGCCAUUUAAAUGCUCCGAGUGCGGAAAAAGCUUCAGGAUUAAAUCCCACCUGAAUGAACAUAAGCGCAUCCACACAGGGGAGAAGCCCUACGCGUGCUCCCAGUGUGGAAAGCGCUUCAGUCGGAGCACACACCUGACGUCGCAUCAGAAAACCCACACAGAGGAGAAGCCAUAUAAAUGCUUGCAGUGUGGGAAAAAUUUCCGGCACAGGAAAAAUCUUACAUCGCAUCAGAGUAUACACAUCAGGGAGAAACCGUGUAAAUCCAUGGAGUGCGGAGAGCAUUUCAGUCCAAGCAAAAGCCUCCCUUCACAUCCCCGAGUCCACUCGGAGGAGAAACCCUAUAAAUGCUCGGUGUGCGGAAAAAGCUUCCGAGGGAGCUCUGACCUUCGGUCACAUCAGCGAAUCCACACAGGGGAGAAACCGUAUACGUGCUCCUUGUGUGGAAAGAGCUUCAGUCACAGCAUAAGCCUUGCUUCCCAUCAGAUCGUGCACACGGGAGAGAAACCCUUCAAGUGCUCAGAGUGUGGCAAGAGUUUCACGCGCAACACCGGUCUCACUUUGCAUCAAAGGAUCCACACAGGGGAGAAACCAUAUACCUGUUCGCUGUGUGGAAAGAGCUUCACUCACAGCAAAAGCUAUACGAUCCACCAGUACGUGCACUCGGGGGAGAAACCGUAUACGUGCACAGAGUGUGGGAAAAGCUUCCGAGGCAGUUCGUACCUUAGGUCACAUCAAAGAAUCCACACAGGGGAGAAACCAUAUAUGUGCUCUGUGUGUGGGAAGAGCUUUCGGUGGAGCACGAACUUCAAUGAACAUAAAAAAAUACACACAGAGGAAAACAUGCAUCCUAGGAAUGCCUGGAUUGUGGAAAGAGCAGCAGGUGGGGCGCAGAUCUUCACAUCCCAGGAUUCAUAUCCGGGAGAAAGCAUCUAUAUAGUUUAGAGAUUUCUGAUCACGUGAACUUGGUUACCAACAAGAUAAUCCACACUGGGGGAAGACCAUGAGGCGGGUUCACAUGUCGCAGUGAAGCUGUGGUUUAGCCAAGCUGCUGCAAGCACACAAGGCCUCAACGCAUAACCUCAAGCCCCAUUUCCAGUAUCGGGAAGGAUAUGCAGACCUUGGACAUGGCAUGCAAAACCCACCAAUGUCAAGAAGCAAGAAAGGAAACGGGGUCCACGGAAUGGAAAAGCAAGAACAAUGGCAAAAAACGU